AUGUCAAAUAACAAUGGUGAAAUUUCCGCAGAGCAAUUAUUUAAGGACAAAAACGCAGGCCCUACCAUUGAGACGGUAGCAGAGUUAAUAAAAUCUGGAAAAGCCAAAAAAAUCAUGAUAAUGUGUGGAGCAGGAAUCUCAACCGCUGCUGGCAUACCCGAUUUCCGUUCCCCUGGUACUGGCAUCUAUAACAAUCUCCGAAAAUAUAAUUUACCUUAUCCCGAGGCUAUUUUCGAUAUUGAUUAUUUUAAGGAAAAUCCUGAACCAUUUUACGCUUUGGCUAAAGAAUUAUAUCCUACGAAAUUCAAGCCUACAUUAACGCACUAUUUCAUAACGCUUCUCCAUCGUAAAAACAUUCUUCUCCGAUGCUUCACACAAAACAUCGACACCUUGGAACGCAUUGCUGGCUUACCAGAUGACAAAAUUGUCGAAGCUCAUGGAUCAUUUGCUAGGUCAGAAUGUCUUCAUUGUUAUGCUGAAGCUGAUCCUGAUCGGGUUAGGGAGGCUGUUUUUGGAGAAGAAAUACCGAAAUGUUCAUCUUGCAAAGUUGGAUUGGUCAAACCUUGUAUCACGUUUUUUGGUGAAUGUUUGCCUGUUAAAUUUUUUGAAUAUCUAGACGACUUUCUCUAUUGCGACCUUCUCAUCGUUAUCGGGACUUCUUUGCAAGUUCAACCGUUUGCCAGUUUAGUUGACCGUGUUGAAUCACCUACUAUACGUUUGUUGAUUAAUCGCGAACCUAUCUACGAAUACUUUGACUUUGAGGGAAUCUAUUCUGAAAUAAGUCGUGAUGCUUUCUAUAAAGGAGAUUGUGAUGAUGGCAUAAGGAAACUUGCAGAAUUGAUAGGAUGGCAGGAUGAAUUGGAAGAACUUUACACAAUCGGUCAUUCUAAAAUUAUAAACUAUACGCCUGAAACUGUGGAAAAGAAAUCCGAAAAUUUGGAUGUUUCAAUUUCAAAAGAUGAUAAAAUUGACGGCGUUUCCGAGAAAGCGCUUGAAGAUAACGAGCAAGUGUCUGACAAGGAAGUUGACAAAUUAUCUGAGGAUAUUCAAAAGAUUUCUAUCAACAUCGCUGCCGAUGAAUCGGACGUAAAAAUCGAGAGAUUGACAACAGAUAAGGCUGACGAACAUCUAUGA